UAUUUUUUGUUUGUAUAAGAGGACUUUAUUUGGUCGUGUACAACUUAGUUGUGCAGAGGCCGGGUGUAAUGCUUAAACCUUUUAAGUAACAAAGAGCUCCUUUUCGAAAAUGCACUACUACUGUAUUAUCGGUGCACUAUUGUCUCUAUUUUUUUUUACGGUGCCUAGAGAUGAGGAUCUCAGAGUCUCAUGCUGGAUUAAUCAAGUUUCUGAGAUCGAUCAUACAAGGCAAAACCAUGAAACUAACGCUCAUAGGUACUUACGGUGCAGAUUCAACUUGAGAAUGAAUCAUCAAGCAGUCCAAAAAUGAAACUUGAAGAUCAUCAAACUUCAACUUGACAAGCAGCACACUCACAAACACAUCAGCCUUAAUUUGUUUUUCCUUUUGAAAUGAUGACAUUCAUCCUUUUUCCCGAGGUACAUAUAAGUUAUACCUAGCUGCAUUCCAAACAUGUUCCUUUGUACAAAAUUCUUUGCUUUACCUUGUUUGUAACUCGUAAGCCCUAUCUGGACUGGCAGCUUUAGGACCUGUUUGCACGUGUUGAGAUACCUUGGUUGAAGAUGGGGCAAAUGCACUUGGAGGAAGGAAUGUGCCUGAGAGCCAUAUGGAUAUAUAUGUGUACACUCUAAUUGGUUUGUUCAGUCAACCACUUAUAGCUUCUGCAAGUACCCAUUUAAGUACUACGUAGGUUUUAGAUUGUUGGUGUCCGGUCUGAAGCCAUGAACACUAGCAUAUCAAACAGUGUGCAUACACCAAUAAUUGUGGAGAUACCUGGUGAAUUAGAUGAGUUGAGCCAAGCAUCUCAAAAGCUGGAGACUGCUUACUCCAACAUCUUUAACAAGAUCCACAGGUUCCCGGCAUCACUGCGAAGCCUGGAUGGCGAUUACAUCGUCCCAAGAAUGGUGUCCAUAGGCGCUUACCACCAUGGCCGCCCGGAGCUGCAGGGCAUGGAGGAGAUCAAGAAGGCGGCGGCACACCACUUCUGCAGGGACUCGGGCCACUCUCCCGAGGCCGUGUACGAGAAGGUCCUCGCCGUCGCCGGCGAUGCUCGAAGCUGCUACACGGACGGCGGAGCCGCAGGCGCGCUCGAGGGCGAUGACUUCGCGUCCAUGAUGUUGAGAGACGGCUGCUUCUUGCUGCAGCUCGUGCUCUGGUUCUUGCAGGACUGCUCCGGCGAUGGCAAGCGUGGCCCUCCGCCGUUCACGUGCCAGGUCAACAGCCUGGCCCUUCUGAGGGACCUCUUCCUGCUGGAGAACCAGAUCCCGUGGGCGGUGCUGGAGGCCCUCAUGGCCUGCCGGGCGGCCGUCUUCCCGGCUGCGCUGUGUGAGUUCGUCGUCUACAUGGGGAAGUUCUUCCAGCUGCACACCGACACCGAUCUGCUAGCCAAGCCCCUGGACCUGGACGGGGGCUACAGGCCGGCGCACCUCCUUGCCCUCCUCCAUUUCCACCAAUCAGGCGGCUCGAGCACAACCGAGGAGCUUCGACUCCGGGGGCUCAGGUCACUGCCGCCGGUGGUCACAAACGCCGUGGACUUCGCGGAGAUGGGCAUCAAGCUGGCUCCCAGCAAGACGGCGGAGUUCAGGGACAUGGCUCUCACCCAGGGCCUCCUCUUCCCGGAGCUGUCCAUGCCGCCUCUGUACCUCGCCGAGCUCACCGCGAGCUGGCUCGUCAACAUGGCGGCCUUCGAGGCGAGCACGGGGGUGCCUCACGGCGCCACCUCCGGCGAGUACACGGUCAGCUCGUACCUCACCCUCCUGUCCGCGCUCAUGGACCGGGAGGAGGACGUGCGCGAGCUGUGCGCCAAGCGGCUCGUCCAGAGCGAGCUCACCGACGGCAGGACGCUCGCCUUCUUCAAGGGCGGCCUCACCAGCUACGCGUACGUGAACGACCGCUACAUGGCCAUACUGAGCCAGAUUGCGGGGUACAGGCGCAGGCGCAGGCUGUGGAUCGCCGUCCACAAGUUCGUCUACACCAACUUCAGGACCAUCGUUACGUUGCUGUCCGUCGUCAGCGUGCUCGUGGGCCUCUUCAAGGCGCUCCUCUCUCUCAGCAAAGCCUAGCUAUAUAUAGCGUGUGCGUCCGUUGCAUUUGUGCAAUUACUCGUCAUUUCAUUCUUGAAUUUGUAUGUGUGCCUUUUUAAGUAUGCGGUGUGCUUUGCAGACGAUGAAUAUGUGCACGACCACUGCACGAUGAGCAUCUAGCCGUCUGCUGCCUGCUGUUGCCAUGCAAUGGAUGGAACCGAUUGCAUUGUCGUGCACACAUCGUCUGCACCAAUGUGGUCUGCACACUAUCGUGCGUAUAGAACUGCUCUUUUUUAAAUGCAUGAACAUUUUCCAGAAAUUUUGUGAUAAAAACAAGUUUUGAAAAUCAUGAACCUUUUUUGAAUUUCAUUUUUUUGAAACCGAUAAUAAUUUGGAAAUUCCGAACAAAUUUUGAAAACACAAACAUUUUUCAAAUACAUGAACCAAAAUUUGAAAAGCAAA